GAGAGGCGCUGAGAGAGUGGAGCAGCUGAAACUUCUUUUUUUCACAGACUUAAUCUGUUUUAACAGGAGGAAAUAACUUGUUUGUAAUUUCCUUUACUGAAAUUGGAUUUUAAACGCUUAAAGUUGGAGGAACCAGCCGGAGGGAAAGAACAGCAUCGGUCGGUUUAAGACGGAAAAAAAGUUUAAAAACGCCGAACAAGAAUUGAGCCAACAGCAGGAUGGAGUUUAUCAGCGUCAGCUAACUGAAAACGCCCCGAAAAUGUUGGAGAAAAGAGCCGCGGAGUUUCAUCUGGAGGGAGAAGUCAUUGGAAAGGACGUGAAAGAACCGUUCUGCAGCCAGUAUCACUGCGGUUCUCUGCUCGGCAGAGGUGGUUUCGGUUCAGUGUUUUCGGGACAGAGGCUCUCUGAUGGACUGCAGGUUGCCAUUAAACAGAUUUCCAGUGACAGAGUCCAGCAGUGGGCCAGACUGCCUGGCAAGGUCAGCCCUGUGCCCAUGGAGAUCGCUCUGCUGCAGCGGCUGUCAGAGGUCGGGGGUCACGAGGGGGUCAUAUCCAUGCUGGACUGGUUCGAGGUGGAGGGGUGGGGCUUCCUGCUGGUGAUGGAGCGACCGCCGCACUAUCAGGAUCUGUUCGACUUCAUCACUGAGAGAGAGGCGCUGCCCGAACAGCUGGCGCUCAGGUUUUUCCGUCAGAUUGUGGAAGCUCUGCAGUUCAUGCACGCUCACGGCGUCGUGCACCGAGACAUCAAAGACGAGAACAUCGUGGUCGACAUGAGGACGCUGGACGUCAAGAUCAUCGACUUUGGAUCAGGAGCGCCGCUCAAAGAGACGCCGUACAACGAGUUCGAAGGGACUCGGGUCUACAGUCCUCCUGAGUGGGUCCUGUCUCAGUCUUAUGAGGCCGUCUCUCUCACCGUCUGGUCUCUGGGGGUCUUGCUCUUCGACAUGGUCUGUGGUGACAUCCCAUUCGAGCGCGACCAGGAGAUCAUCAGGGCCACACCCAUUUUCAACAGACGGGUGUCUAAAGAAUGCCAGUCUCUGAUCCACUGGUGUCUGUCAUACCGUCCAGAAGAGCGUCCGACUCUGGAGGAGAUCCUGUCCCACCCCUGGAUGAAGGGAGGAGAGGUGGAGGAUGAGGAGGAAGGAGGAGACCUGCAGGAGAAGCACAGCUCUCUGCCCACCCAGUCCCUUUAACUGCACAACCCAGACCAUUCAGGCCUCUGGACUCUGAGACCCUGCAUGAGGCCCUCAGGACUCUGGGUGUUCUUUUUGUUUUUAAAGGUGGAACUCUUCGCUCUGACCGUGUAGGACUCUGCGCAGCCUGCAGGGCGGCGACAGCAGCUAAAACCUGCUCACCUGCAGCCAUUCUCUGCUUUAUUUAUGUCGUCUGCAGCAGGGUGGGAAACCACGUCAGAUGACGACAGGUGGACUUCCUGUUUGGUUAUUUAUUGAGCUGAGUAUUUAUUUGGUUUUGAAGAUGUGUUCAACAUGUCUGUUUUGUUUCUUCAUUCAGUUGCAGCAGAGAACUCUGGUUCUGGUUCUCUGCAGUCGGUUAGUCCGGUGGUUGACUUCUUAUUUAACGGCUUUGUUUCUGUUCUGAAAGCGUUGAGUUCUCUGUCGUCUUUGCUCCAUCAGAAAACACAAAAUCCCCACGACUGAGAAUCUGGAAGCUUCGAAAAUGUCAGAAGAGUUUCCAUCAUUUCACUUCAUCCUCGGGGACCGAGUGCAGGUGAAACAGCUGGAGCCUUCACAUGUUCACGUACACAGGGCAGGUGUUUCCUGUUUCUGUGCUUUAUUUCAGAAACAGCAAACACCUGUUCGCACGUCACCUGCUCUCUGCUCAUGUGGAUGUUACCGGAUGAUUUUUUGGGAGCUUGAAUCCUCAGUGUUUAGAUUUUAUCUGUUUUCAUUUUACUAAGAUUCUACAGAACUUUCCAGGGGACUGUCCUCAGAAUAAAAAUCUCUGAGAAAUGUUCCAGACGAGGACGUGGACAGGGACGGACCGUGAAGCUAGAGCAGGGGUCAGAUCUCAGUUCAGUUUUUCAGCUCUGAGUCAAAUGUACCUUCAAGAUUCAGUUAAUGUCAGAAUCGUGCUUUAAUGCCAGAACCCAGAUAUUUAUUUUGUCAGAAUUCAGCUUCAUGUCUGAGCUGAAGGUGUUUCCACCUCAGGUCUGAGGAGGUUCCGAGGAGAACCACUGAAUCUGGUUCACAGUGAAUCGCAUCCUGUUGCUGUUUGGAUGUGACGUCAGUGUAAAUACCUGAGUGUGGUUCUGUGGUCAAAGUGGCUGAUCGGUCACUUGUUUCUGUUUAUUUACAUUAAAUAAGGAUUUAUGGAUCAAAAAAGAAAAGAUCCCACGUUUGAAUAAAAGUUUUCUCACCUCA